UCUGAGAAUAAUGAAUGACACAUGAUAAGAUUCACAGAUGUACAGAGACACGCGAACUCACAGAAACAACGUACCAGUUACAGUUGAAGCCUGAGAGUUUCUGGAAGGUUCUAAUCUUGGUUAAAGCAACACAGAUACUGUGGCCUACGGAGCAGACGAUGUCACAAGAGCAUGCCAGCCACAGGGGGCUGCAAGUGGUGGUUUUGGGUUUUCAUGAUUCAGGGAAGACAUCUUUGAUAAAUACCUUACUCAAUCAGACAGGGUCAGAGUUUAGCAAAAGAAUAGAUGAUUGCGUAAAGAGAGAGGGGGAGGUCUGUUCCAGAAAAUUGAUCCUUAUUGAUACCCCAGGUUGGUGGAGGGAAUAUCAUUUGAGUGACACAGCAGACUUUAUCAAACAAAAGAUUGUUCUGAGUGUCAGAAAGUGUCUGCCAGGACCUCACGCUUUCCUUCUGAUCAUUGACAUUAACAAUGUCCCAUUCACUGAGAAGAUCAGGAGGUCUGUGGAGGAGCAUGUAGGGCUCUUUGGGGAUAGAGUUUGGGAACACACCAUAGUGGUGUUCACCAGCACAAAAUGUCGGGAGGGUGAAAGUGUAGAGCAGCACAUUGAGAAAGAGCGAGAGAGACAGGGAGAGAGAGAGGUAGAGGGACAUGCUCUGAAGAGGCUGGUAGAGAAAUGUGGGAACAGGUGUCACAUGUUUAACAUUGACAGCACACCAAGUUGUUAUGAAGUUAAUGAGAAUAGGAAUAAGCUUCUGGAACAAAUUGAUGGCAUGGUAGCAAAGUAUGGUAUCAGCGGUUUUGAGCUUGAAGAGAAAAUAUUGAGGGAAGUUGAAGAGAAGAGGAAUACUUAUCUGGUGAGAGCAAAGAUGAGACAGCAGAAGGUUUUGGACCAAAGAGAAAUGUUACAUAAAUACGGGGUACCAUCUCUAUCAGAACUGAGGAUUCUUCUAUUGGGGUGGUUGAUCUCAGGGAAAACAAUAGCAAAGAAUACAGUUUUGGGCCAAGUGGAUGUGGAUCGUGUAAACAAAAGAAGAACUUGUACAUCAGAGAGAAUGUUCGGAGAAGUCGCUGGAAGACAAGUCUCUGUGGUGGACACCCCUGGCUGGUGGAAGUACUUACCUGCAGAAUACACUCCAGAAUGGGUGAAGACAGAGUUGCAGAGAGCACUGACCCUUGAUUCCAAAGUUCCGCAUGCAAUUCUUCUGGCAGUUCCAGUAGACACAACCUUCCCUGAGGAACAGAGAAAGAUCACUGAGGACAACAUGAAGAUGUUUGGUGAUGAUAUCUGGAGACACACCAUGGUGCUGUUCACAAGUGGAGAUAAGCUUACAGACACAAGUAUAGAGGAGCACAUUGAGAGUGAAGGAGAACCAUUACAGUGGCUUGUAGAGAAAUGUGGAAACAGAUAUCACGUCUUAAGUUGGAAUGACAAAGAAGAGGAAGUCAUGGAGCUGCUGAAGAAGAUUGAGGAAAUGGUGGCCGGUAACAGUUUAUUUAGGCCACAUCCAGAAGCACAAAAAGCUCUGAGUAAAAAGACCACAGAAAAUCUGAUGGAAGUACCAAAUGAGAUGGUGCAGUUCUUGGAUCAGAAAUGGCAGAAAAUGGAUAGAGAAUUAGAGGAGAGGAUUAGGACCAUUCUCAGUGAAAAUACUUUUAAUAAGGGAAGGAAAAUAACAGAUAAAGGAAGUAUGGAUGCUGGCAUCAACUUCAGAGAUGAUCACCUAUCCUCUGAGGAUACAGAAAUGGGGACCAGUCCACCGAGCCCACCGGAGUUGAAAUCCCCCAUCAAGAAAUCUGACAUUAAGGCUGUCACGGGGCUUGAAGACCAAGAGUCGGCCAGUGGGAAGCCUGCUGGUCAGAUGGAGAGACUGAAAGAGAUGUUGGAGAGGGAGUGGAGGAGACGGGACAUGGGCGUCACACAGAGAUUUCAGCGUCAGAUAUCAGAGCUAAAAGAAUCUGGGUCUGAAGCUGAUGCGCACGACCUUAACCGAUCAUACAGAAAGGUCAUCUGGUGGAUGCAUCGUGAAUCAUCAGGAAUUGCCUCAGACCUACCAGAUGACUUACACACAGAGGAAAUCGAUGUAACUGAAUGAAUUGUUGUCAUAUCUAAGGAACCAAAAAACUAUGGCACAUUAUUAAGACUGUCAUUAGAGCUAAUUUGUUGUUUAUUCACAAGUUCAUUUGUGCUACUAGAGUGCUGUAGAGCCAUUUGUGAUUCCCCGGGGCGGGGGAGAGCGAAGUUGCUCCUCAGUGAUUUUUGGCUAAUGAUUCCCGGGACACUGGGACACAUGCAUGUGGGCAUGUAGCUCCACUAGUCCACUGGUCAGGAAUAGAAGCCUUUGGUCUCCAGGGGCAACUCCUCCCACACUGAGCCCCCUGAAAGCUGCAUGGUUCUAUAGCUCCCAAGAACCCUUUUUAUGAGAGUGUAGGCCAAAAGCAGUUUUCAGUGCCCAUUGGGAACACCACAAGUUUGAUUAUGAAUUUGAUAUGAAUAACAUUGCUGCAAGUGCUUAGACCAUCUGGCUCCACACCUCCAUCUACAGGCCGACAGAGGGAACAACAAGCAGGGCUUUCACAAUCAAACACACUCAAACAUGCACAAACACACAGAUGUCCACACAUGUGCAGAUUGUGCACACACCAACAAAAUGUUUAGUUAUGUCAGCAAUUUAAGGUAGAGCAUGAAAGUGUGGUUUUCAAAAGAGUAUAGAUAAUGAGACAUUGAGAAGUUUGAUUCAUUUUCUCCGAAGAGAACAUGCAGGGAUGAGUAGAUGUCAUAUUAUGCAACAUUAUGUGGUACAUCUAGUUCAUUGCUACAGUAACACUAUAAAAUGAUAUACUGUACAUGUAGUAGAUAUGUCACAAGUCAUGAGUAUGAGUUACUGUGUCUUUCUGCUGCUGACUGUGAGAAUCCUUUCUUCCCUGUCCCUCUCCUAUUCUAUCACUCUGUCUUUUGUUCAUUCAUUAUUAUUUUCGUCUCAGGCUUAAGUUGAUGUUAUUUUCUUUCUCACAUAUUCACGAUUGUCAGCUCCUCACAGUUUAUUCAAUUUUAUACAUUACAGUUUUGUUUCAUUUAUUAUAUAAUAAAUACAAAUAUUAUUAUAUAAUAAAUAAUAAUAAAUGUUUCUUUCAUUAAAUUAUAACUUAUGACAGGAGUUAUUUAUCUUGUAUCAUAAUAAUCUUUAUAUGCCUUGAUUCAAACUACGCUUCCUUUUACAGUAUAAUUCAAUCCUAAAUAUUGUCAUGACUAUCAUUUGCAGAGAACAAAUCAUUGUUGUUUUACUAUUGUCAUAUUUUGCUAGAACAUAUUUAGCAUUUUUUAAAUUUGUGUAUUCGAUUAAAUGACACUAAAGCAGUUGUAGAAGUCAUUGCAUUAAAGUACAACAAUAAAUAAGGCUUCCUUUUGAAGUACUGUUUCAUCUUG